AUGGUACAGUCCACCUGGCCGAGGGGUGCGAAGCAGGCGAGGCUUGCAACGCCGUCUCAACCUCCACCCGACGACGCCGCCGGAACGUCGCCAGCAAACUCCGUCCAAACACCAGCCGCCCGCACCGCAUCCUGUCCCAGCGGUGGUCACGGAGGUAGCACCUCAUCCUGUCCCAGCGGUGGUCCCGGAGAUCGCACCGUGCCCUGCUCCAGCGAUGGUCCCAGAGCGGUGGUCCCGGAGGUCGCACUGCAUCUUGUCCCGGCGGUGGUCCCAGAGGUGGAAUCACAUCCUGCUCCACCGGUGGUCCCGGAAGUUGAAUCGCAUCCUGCUACAGUGGUGGUCCCGGAGGUCGCAUUGCAUCCUGCUCCAGCUGUGGUUCAGGAGGUUGCACCACAUCCUGUCCAGCCUGUCCAGGAGGCUCCGGUCCAGCCUGUCCAAGAGGUUCCCGUCCAGCCUGUCCAAGAUGUUCCCGUCCAGCCUGUCCAAGAGGUUCCCGUCCAGCAUGUCCAAGUGGCCACGUCUUCACCCCGUCAUUCUCCAGACUUUCCAGAGCCCCCGUCUCCAGAGUUUCCAGAGUACCCUCAGUCUCCAGAGUUUCCAGAGUACCCUCAGUCUCCAGAGUUUCCAGAGUUCCCUCAGUCUCCAGAGUUUCCAGAGUCCCCUCAGUCUCCAGAUUUUCCCAGGGUCCCCUCUUAGUCCCCGUCCAGAGUCCCCUCUUAGUCCUCGUCCAGAGUCCCCUCUUAGUCCUCGUCCAG